AUGGCAGUUUCAGAAAAACAAAAUCUUCUCAAGCAUACUGAUUGGGCAAAUCUUCCCAAGAAUAUUAUUGAUUCGAUAAUAGAGAAAUCGGUUCCUCCACUUUCUCAAUUUAUUCGAUUUGGUUCUGUUUGCAAGGCUUGGCAUGCAGCAAUCACGGAGAAUCGCUCCUUACGUUCUAAGAUUUUGAAGAGAUGCCAUCAUCAAGUUCCAUUCCUAAUGAUUACCAAAAGUCAAGAAAAGCGUGGUUUAUAUAAUAUCAUUGAGAAGAAAUUACAUGGCGUGGAGUUGUCAGUGCCUUAUAAAAGAAGAUGUUGUGGUUCUUCUUAUGGAUGGAUAGCUACAGUAGACUGGACUUUGGCUAUUAAACUCAUAAACCCUUUCACCGGUGGAAUCAUUGAUCUUCCUUCUGUUGAUAUUCCCGUUGUGAACAAAUUCACUAAGGAAGAUGAGCAUGAAUUUCACGUCAAGAAAGUGAUAUUAUCUGAUGAUCCUUACGUGAAUCCAGAUAAUUUUAUGGUUUUAGCACUUUUUGGAGCAUCGAGUUCAAUCGCUAUUAUCCGACCUGGUGAGAAAACUUGGACUUAUACAAGUAAUUUGGAAACAAUUGCAAAAGACGACGCUAUUUUUCAUAAAGGCAAGUUUUAUGCUGUAGAUUUUAGGUUGGGAAUCAUAUCAGUCCAAGUCGCAAAUAUGAAUGGUAGUUUAGUUUCAGCUUUCGAUGAGAAAAUAAUAAUUCCACCUGAAGAAGAAGGUGAUAAUGCGUUUAAGUAUAUUGUGGAAUCAUCAGACGGUGAACUUUUGAUUGUCCAAAGAUUUAUUAGCACCUAUGGUCCAUACCGUUGGACAACAAACUUCAAGGUUUUAAAGCUUCGGCAACAUGCAAACCAUGUGGCAAGGCUUGUUGAGGUAAAGAACAUUGGGGAUGAUGCCUUGUUCUUGGGUGACAAUUGCUCCAUGUCUGUCGCUGCUUCUCGAUUUCCUGAAUGUCGACCCAAUUCCAUAUACUUUACGGAUGAUACUAUUCUUUAUACUCUUGAAGGGUCUAUUGAUAUGGGAAUUUUUAGUUUGGAAACAGGUUGUUUUCAACCAUUUGAUGAUAUGGAUCCUUCUCAUUCAGAUAUGCCUCCUCCCUUUUUUAUUUUACCUACAUUGUUUGAAAAUCGAGUCACACAUCCAUGUCAAUACUAG